AUGUAUAAUUCAAGUCAGAGAAACCAAUAUUAUUAUAAUGGCAAUUCUGACAAUAAUUCAGGCUCGUAUAGGGUUGACCGUUCAAGUGAUUAUGUAAAUUACGAACCACAAGUUGUAAAUAGAAAUUAUUCACAAAGGGGUCAGGAAUAUACGCCUAAUAUUCAAACACAAGGAUUAAACGAUACAUACGGCGGAAAUCAUUCAUAUAAUCGUUCAAAUAGAGAUCAAAUAUGUCAAGAUUUUUUGAGAGGUGCAUGUACUAAAGGUCUAAAAUGCGAAUUUAAGCACACAACAAAUUUUCGUGAAAAAGCUGUUGUAUGUAAGCAUUGGCUGCGAGGACUUUGCAAGAAAGGAGAUCAGUGCGAGUUUCUUCAUGAAUUUAAUAUGAGAAAAAUGCCUGAAUGUUGGUUUUAUUCAAGAUACGGGGAGUGUAGUAAUGAAGACUGUAUGUACUUGCACAUUGACCCUGAAAGCAAAAUUAAAGAAUGUGCUUGGUAUGCCAGAGGAUUUUGUAAACAUGGACCUCAUUGUCGGCACAAACAUGUUCGAAAAGUUGUUUGUCAAUUAUAUUUGAGCGGAUUUUGUCCUAAAGGAUUAGAGUGUCCUAACGGACAUCCAAAAUAUGAAUUACCAACUGCUCAGCGUGAACACGAUGGUCAUGAGGAAGAAGGAUCUCAUCAUAAUACCUUCCGUUCACUGGCAGAAGUUACAUGUUUUAAGUGUGGAGAAAAAGGUCACUUUGCGAAUCGUUGUCCCAAAGGUCAAGGAAACCGAUAUUAG